CCGCAGAUUUUUGUACCCGCCCGUGUGUGUGCGUGUGUAAGCAAACCCAACCCACCGCUACCCUCUUCUCGCCGCAAGCGAGGCGAGCCAAGCAAACGCGAGGCCGACGACGACGACGAGGAGGAGGAAGCGCAGCCACUAGUCGCGGCGGCGGCGGCGGCGGCGGCGGCGGGUGAUCGGAGGAGGGAUGGUGGGGCUUGUGGGAGGAGGAGGUUGGAGGGUCGGGGAUGAUGCGGCGGGUGGGGGUGGGGGAGGAGCGGUGGCGGCGGGGGCUGCGGCGGCGGCGGAGGCGGAGCACAUGCGGAGGCUCCACAGCCACGCCCCCGGCGAGCACCAGUGCAGCUCCGCGCUCGUCAAGCACAUCAAGGCUCCUGUUCACCUCGUGUGGUCGCUGGUGCGGAGCUUCGACCAGCCGCAGAGGUACAAGCCGUUCGUCAGCCGCUGCGUCGUGCGCGGCGGCGACCUCGAGAUCGGCAGCGUGCGCGAGGUCAACGUCAAGACCGGCCUCCCGGCGACCACCAGCACGGAGAGGCUCGAGCUGCUCGACGACGACGAGCACAUCCUCAGCGUCAAGUUCGUCGGCGGCGACCACCGCCUCAGGAACUACUCAUCCAUCGUAACUGUCCAUCCGGAGAGCAUCGAUGGAAGACCAGGGACGCUUGUGAUUGAAUCAUUUGUGGUGGACGUGCCUGAUGGAAAUACAAAGGACGAGACAUGCUACUUUGUCGAGGCCGUGAUCAAGUGCAACUUAACAUCUCUCGCCGAGGUAUCAGAGCGGCUAGCAGUUCAGUCACCCACCUCGCCACUUGAACAGUAGGGUCAUCACUGGCACGGGACAUGCGAACUGGCAUGAAUAAGAAGCUUCAAAUGGUUGCUAGAGAUUUAAAUCUUUUUGAGAUGGUAGUUCCUCCAUUGUCUUCGAUAUAUAUGCCUCUUGUAAGGAUUAGUAUGUAGGGUUAAUUAUCUUUAGUUGCUGGCUAGUGAUGGGCUUAGGUCUUUUUAGGGACUGCACCUAGCUACCUUGUAGUUAUGUAUGCAUACUGCUAGUAGUAUGUGUAUAAAUAGGGAAGCAUGGAGUGGUUUUUGCCUCUUUGGUGCACAUGUGAAACAACCUCAAGAGUUCUUUUUCCUGCAUUUGAGCUGGCUUCCCAUUGUAGUAUAGUAUUGUUGUGUUCUUGGAUGACAUUCCGCUAACACUUGGGCUUGGUUGGGGGCCUUUUGAUUUGGGUGGAUCUUGGAUUGUGCUGUAAUAUAUACAUAUGAAAGGAGUUCUCCUUUGCACUAUGAAAUCCUUUCAUAGUCAAAGAAUAUGCUUAUUGAACCAGUAUAA